AUGAACUCCAGAGAGCUUGCGUUAACGGGUGGUCUUACCAAGGGAACUAAAAUAUUUGAUGCGGAUGGGAUCCUUGUUCCAGUAGAAGAGAUGAAAGCUGGUACACAUGUCAUGUCUGAUGAUGGAUCGCUGUCAAAAGUGAUUGCUGUUCACAGAAGUACUGGUGAUGUAGUUAAUCUCACGCAGGAUACUUUUCAGUAUGCUCACCUGCUCAAUGAGGAUAGAGACCCGCCGUGGGGGCUGGUUCAGUUGAAAUGUAGUAAACUUCAGCGAUUACAAUUCAGAACAUUUCAAAAGAUUAAAAAGUAUACCAAACACUCUUUGAAAAAAAUAAUUGUUGAAGCAUUUCAAUUAUGUGACCAGACCAUAGAGAAUGGCAAAGUUGUUAAAAUGGUAAAGAUGACAUCAAAGCGAUUUUCUGUUGACGAUGAACCUACGACUAUUCAAAAUUAUAUUGACAGUGUUAAGGUUGAAUGCGGCUUUAUUGACUGGGAGUGUGAGCUAGACAACUUGAAGUUUCUUAGCAAGGACUGUCGCACCGCGACAAGAGUCCUGCUAUCUCCACUUCCACUCGAGAAAUCUGUUCUGCAGCCGUGGCUGGAAACGCACUUUAAUCGGAAAGUUUCCCUUAAACAACUGAAGGCUAUGGCAUGGCUUCUUGGAUUUUGGAUUGGCGAUGGGUACAGGCGUGGGGCGAUGUUUACACUGCAUUUAGCUGAUCGUGAUGUUAAUAGAAAUUUGCAAAGAAACGCUGAACUGUGGGGUAUGAAAUUGAGGAUCGCCCCUCGGUGUUCAGGUAAUAAAUUCAAAGCCGAUGGAUACCUUCAUACAUUUGAUGGCGCCGUUAGAAACUGGAAUGCACACAAUCCUUUGACUGAAGUUUUGGAAGGUUUAGAAUUUUAUGAAAACGGUUACAAAAACAAUAGAAAAAAAAUCCCAACAUUUAUGAGAUUGGAACAGAGGGUUGUUCGUGAAACAUUUAUGGCAGGGCUAAUUGAUGCAGACGCUUCGGUGAUAGUUAAAAAUCAUACUAUUCGAGUAAAACUACCCACUGUACAUGAAUCAAUUAGAAAUGGAAUUUUUUGGAUCACUCGAUCACUGGGUUUGAAUAUCAGUAUUUAUUUUCAUCACUCCAGAAACAGCCCAAAUGGAGAUCGGAAAAAUGAUAGUUGGAUUUUCCAUAUCUUAGGCGGCACAAAUCUUGAAGUAUUAUUCUCAAUUUUAAGCAAGUGCUCAUCGGAAAAGAACAAAACCCCAUUGAUUGAGUAUAUAUCAGCUCAACACAGACGGAUUGAUGGAGAUGAUCAUUUUGGUUUAAGUGAUAAUGAUAGCAAUGAUUUCAGUGAAAGCAAAGACGAAGAAAGGGACAAUUCUAAUGUUCAACAUAGUGCAGCAAUCUUUAGCAGUGGAGCAAUUUCGUGUCUUGACGGAAGCGAUGAAGAAGCUCAAACUGAGGAGUUAGAGGUUGAAGAAGUCGGUAUUGACGAAGAAGAAGAAGAAGAAGAAGAAGAAGAAGGAGAAGAAGAAGAAGAAGAAGCAGAAAAAGGAGCUGAGGUGCUUCAUCCCGCUAUGAUUCGCUUCAGUAUCUCCUCUACCGACCGGGAAGAAAUUUAUGGACUUGUUCUCUCAGCUGACUCGCGACAAACACUCGUUACAGACAAUUACGUUAUUUGUUCUUAUACUGGAAUUUCCACAAAUGUCAACAUGCCUAAUGCUAACUUUGAAAGAUUAUGCUUUUCAUGCCAUAAAGAUACCAAAGAUCAGUGGUACAGAAUACCGUGGGACAACACUAAUCCUGAAAGAGUAUGCUCGACGUGUUACAGCAAUUAUUUCGAAAGUAAAACGAGAUGCAGUGAUUGUAGUACAAUAUAUGGUAAAGUUUCAAUGCGGCAAAAGGUCAGGAGUGAGAAUAAAAAAUCGCAUACUCUUUCAGGUGGUACAAGUGUGGAAGGAUACGGUUGCGACAAAUGUGAUGGUAUAAUAAUACAAUUUGAAGAGCCUAAUAAGAAGGUGAAUAAACGCGAUGAACAUAGAAAAGGUGUGUGUCAUUUUUGCUCUUCUAAAGAGUCAGGCUGUUGGAGAAAAGUUCCUUGGGAAGAUGGCAGUGAAUGGUGUAGUGUUUGUCGAAGUAGAUAUCAUAGUACAGCUACAAUUUGUACUAACGAAGCAUGUCGGAAGAUUCCGUUCAAAGCUGAGUUCGACAGGAUGGAAGUAAUUGAAGCAAAGGAGGGUCGAUACAAAUGUUUAAAAUGUGGUUCAAUUGCACAAAAAAAUUUAGAAAAACAAUGUAGGGUUUUAAAACAAUUGGUGAAACGGCGAGGUAAUUGUUAUUCUUGUGGUAAAACUAAUUCGAAUAAAUGGACUAGGUUACCUUGGGACAAGAAUGCAGCGGGUGAAAUAUGUUGCCAUUGUUAUCAUCUAUUGCGCACGCAUAAAGGAAGAUGCCUAAAUCCUGAGUGUCGCAAAAUUUUCAGUAAGGCAGAAAUGAUUAAAAUAAGAAAGCUGAGAUCAAUUUCAGGACCGUCACCUGGUUGUCCCCAAUGUCGGCCAUGCAUCAAAUGCAAAGGUAUGACAACAAUUAUAUAA